UUCGCUGCUCAACAUAUGGUUUGCUUAACAAAGCACCUGCCGAAUUAUUUUACAUGCGCAACGAACAUAGAAAUGUAGUUUAUUUUUAUACCCUAAACAGGGUAUAUUAAGUUUGUCACACCCAGAAGGAAGUCCUAUAAAAUAUAUAAUAAAUCAUCAGCGUGACGAGCUGGUUCGAUUUGGCCAUUUUCGUUUGUCUAUCGAUCUGAAAUAUUGCAUACUUUUCUCUCCAAGAAGCUGAUCAUACAUAUGUCGAAACCGCCGAUAUCGGCCCACUAUAGCAGAAAUGUAGCUGGCAUAUAAAUUGAAGGAAUAAAAUCAUGUCUUUCUAAGUAAAACUUUUUUAUGCACCUUUUUUUUAAUGCACCCGUGAAGGCUAUUUUAUCGUUGGUGCAGCCGAAUUAAACAUUUGUUCUUGUUUUUAUAUUAAACUCAUCGAAGGCAUUUAAUAGUACGCAGUUAUUUCGCUUUGUUGUGUUUUCAAAAAUAUGCUAUUGAUUUUAAGAAUAUUUGUGUGUUUAUUGUCUUCAUUCAGCAUUAUACACAAAGUAUCAAAGCAGAACUAUGAAUACUAAUAAAAACAAUACAAUUUUAUUCAUUAAAAAGAUCUGGCCUUUGUGUUUACGAGGAACUUACGCUGAAUCGGUAGUGGCACCUGCUAAUAGUAAAUAGGUACCAGCUAUUAUUUCGCAUUUUAAAAAAGGAACUUUUCAAGCUUCUGAAUUCAUGUCAAUUGUCUCUCAUUAACCAAUGUUUGCCAAGCUCGGAGUUAUUUUUGUUGUUAAUUUCAGACUUUUAAUUAGACGCAAAGCAAUGGUGCUUUAUUUUUUAUAUGCUUUUUUCAAUUUGUUAACUUUAAAUACCUACCACCGUGCACUUCCUAUUUGCCCAUUCAGGUUCUUCCUCAUUCCAAAAUGUCAGCAUGCAGUCGCUUUGUUUUGCGUAGGUUUUGCCGGUGGCUCGGCCUAGCCUCGAGUUGGCUGACGGACGGUAAAGUUCAUUGUUCGCUUGAUAUUGCUCGUGAAAGUGCUGACGCAUACUUCGGCUGUUGGUGAUGUGCUCAUUUUGUUUUUGUAUCUAUUUAUGUUUGUUAGAUUUUUUUUUUAGAAAAAAACGCCGAACGUUGCACGUUGGCCACUGCUGCAUUCGACUGUAGUAGGCAACUUUGGGAGAAUUCGGUUUGCAAGCGACAUGUGUUGCUGUGCUGUGAUACGUAUGCUGUAUUCAGCAUUUAGCAUUCUCAAGCAGCUCGCCCAAUCGUGCACGUACAGCAGUUGUAUGAAACUCUGCAUUUCUAUAUCUUAAAAUUAAAUAUUUUACCAUUUGUCUAGUUUUUUUUUGCGUCUUCGGUGCGUUUAAAAUAGACGGGUGCAACUAAGUCCGCGUAGCAUGUCAAUGCAGCAAUCAUUUUAUUGCCAUUCAAGAACAGAAGCCUGCAGUGAUUGGUAGGGAGUGAGAGCAAGACGUCAACGGAAAGAAGAUUAAGUGAAAGAACACCAUAUCAGCCAGUUGGUCUAUACAUCAGUCAGUCAUAAGGACAGAGAAGAGCGGACAAGACAAUUAGUUGCAGCCGGCUGUUGUGUGUGCAGUAAAGCAGAAAUAAAUAAAUAAGGAAAGUAAUAAUUGUACCAAUACAAAAAUGGCAGUCAACGUGUACUCCACAAAUGUGACUACCGAAAAUUUAUCCAGACAUGAUAUGCUCGCUUGGGUAAAUGAUUGCUUGCAAGCGCAAUUUGGUAAAAUUGAGGAGCUCUGUACUGGCGCUGCAUAUUGCCAGUUCAUGGAUAUGUUGUUCCCCGGCUCGGUGCCAAUGAAAAGAGUCAAGUUCCGUACAAAUUUGGAACACGAAUAUAUUCAGAAUUUUAAAAUCUUGCAAGCAUCUUUUAAAAAGAUGGCAGUUGAUAAGAUAAUCCCAAUUGACAAACUGAUCAAGGGCCGUUUUCAAGAUAAUUUCGAAUUUUUACAAUGGUUUAAAAAAUUCUUCGAUGCCAAUUAUGAUGGCCGAGAUUACGAUGCCAGUGCUGCUAGAGACGGUGCUCCAAUGGGUUUUGGUUCGGGUGUGGUGAAGGCUUUGCCUGGCACCGGUGGCGGUUCGUUAUCCUCUCGUAAGCCAGUGGCCAUAGCACCGCCGGCGCGUUCAUCAACAACAUCGACGACACGGCCCAUUUCCAAAGUACCACCUCGCGCCGCAGCACCAGUCGUAACUAAGUCAGCUGCCGUGAAUAAUACCACCGGUGCAGUUAAAAAGUCCGGCGACUCAUCCAAUGCGGUGUCGAACCAACAGAUCGAAGAGUUGUCCAAUCAGGUCAUGGAUAUGCGUUUGAAUUUGGAAGGUUUGGAGAAAGAGCGAGAUUUCUAUUUCUCAAAAUUGCGUGACAUAGAAAUACUCUGCCAAGAAGCAGCAGAAGGUGACCCGCAUCCUUUAAUACAAAAGAUUUUGGAUAUUAUGUAUGCGACCGAGGAUGGUUUUGCGCCUCCGGAUGAAAUUCCGCCCGAGGAUGAGGAGUAUUAAGAGCAACAACUCGCAAGGAGGAUUGAUUACAGAACUGCAAAUAAACAGAAACUGAGAAAAAAAUGUUUAUAUUACACAAAAAAGAAAAAAAAAAACAAGAUUUAAAAAAUACAAGAAUUUAAGCAUAAUAAACUAUGUUAAACAUGAUGGAUAAAUGUUGAAAA